UAGUCCAGUGUGUGGCUCUCUCUCUCUCUGACAGCAGGAAGGAGGAGGAAGGAGGCUUGUGACUGGCAGCCGGGAUCCAACCUUCAAAAAGCCGGCUGGUCGUUUUUGCUACUUCAUUUUUAUGUUUUAAUAGAGAAACACCAGUGAUCUAUGGCUACCAAAGGGAUGAACCUCUGCAGUGUGUGCUGCCUGCUCCUCUAUGUGAUCACCGCGGUGCUAGCUGGGCGAGAUUUCUAUCAGAUCUUAGGGGUGGGCAAGUCUGCAUCAAUCAGGGACAUUAAGAAGGCCUACAGAAAGCUGGCUCUGCAGUUACACCCCGACAGAAACCAGGAAGACCCCAAAGCUCAGGAUAAGUUUGCAGACUUGGGAGCAGCUUAUGAGGUGCUUUCAGAUGAGGAGAAAAGGAAACAGUAUGACGCGUACGGAGAAGAUGGACUCAAAGAGGGUCACCAGGGCUCACACAACGAUAUCUUCUCCAGCUUCUUUGGUGACUUUGGGUUCAUGUUCGGAGGAAACCGACAGCAACAGGACAGGAACAUCCCCAGAGGAAAUGACAUCAUACUAGACCUGGAGGUCACGCUUGAAGAGGUGUACUCUGGGAACUUUGUGGAGGUUGUACGUAACAAGCCUAUAGCUAAAGAGGCCCCCGGUAAGAGGAAGUGUAACUGCAGACAGGAGAUGAGGACGACGCAGCUCGGACCGGGCCGCUUCCAGAUGACCCAAGAGAUGGUGUGUGAUGAGUGUCCCAAUGUAAAGCUGGUCAAUGAAGAGAGGACCUUGGAGGUAGAAAUUGAACAAGGAGUGAGAGAUGAAAUGGAGUACCCCUUCAUAGGAGAAGGGGAACCUCACAUCGACGGCGAACCUGGAGAUCUACGUUUCCGCAUCAAAGUGUUGAAACAUCCUGUGUUUGAACGCAGAGGAGAUGAUCUGUACACUAACGUCUCCAUCUCCCUGGUGGAGGCGCUGGUCGGCUUUGAGAUGGACAUUGUACAUUUGGACGGACACAAGGUCCACAUAGUGAGAGAUAAGAUCACCAAGCCCAGUGCUCGGAUGUGGAAGAAAGGAGAGGGCCUGCCCAACUUUGACAACAUCAACAUCCGAGGUUCCCUCAUCAUCUCCUUCGAUGUGGAGUUUCCUCAGACGCAGCUCGAUGAACAGCAGAAAGAUGGUAUUCGGAGUCUUCUGAAGCAGGGCUCUGUACAGAAGGUUUAUAACGGACUACAAGGAUACUAACACACCAACAGACACAGCCUGGACUGAGUUAUCUGUCACACACACACACAAACACACACACACACACACACACACACACAUCUUCAAUCAACAGGACCUUGUUUCAUAAUUCUGGCCAGGGUGUAUUUAUUAUUUUCAGAUUGUUCUCAGGAUGGCUUCAACCCAAUUUGUUUUUAAAUGUUCUACAUUUUGACAGCAGUGGCACAAUUGCAGGUGUUUUAUUGGAGGUGUAUAAAUGGAAAAGGAUGUAAUGUCUUUGUUGUACUCUACAAAUUAUAUUGUAAUACGGCCUUUUUUGUUUAUUUCAAAAAGCUAAAUCACUUAUUUCUAUUUGAGUGAAAUUAAACAAACACUGUCUGGGUGCAGCCCGCUACAUCUGCUGAAGGAUGAGCUACUGACGAAAUUCAGCAUCUGAAGAAGAAGAUCCCCUACCAACUUUUGAACAACUUUAAACCUGUGCAAGACAUUUUUAUUAGUUUUAUGAAUGUGACAGCUUCACCUUUGACUGAUUUUUUUCCCUCCGGUCAGACUCCUGUUCAAUAAUACUUUGUAAAUAGGGAAGAACAAAGCUCAUCUGUUUGUUGUGUUUUAGUUUUCCUAAUUUAUGUUGCCUCUUAUUUGUCUGUUUACACGUUGCAAACACCCGCCCACCCCAGGUUCACUGAGACAAGAGUUGACCUCUUAAAUAAAACAGUGAAGAUUUAUUAUUUUGGAGGAAUGGGGGCAGUUUGCACAUCCUCCAGCGCCACUGUAGGAACGUUUUGUUUCACACACCUGUGACACUGAACACCUCUAACUCAAAGGGACCUCAGACCAGCACCCCUGUUGCUGCUCCCGGCUGGCGACAGUUUGGUUUAUAACAUGGUUUUAGGAUUUCACUUCUCUCUGUUUUUACUAUCGACUGCAAAGCUGCCUCCCAAUGUUCUGAGAGUGUCAUGGCCUUAAGGGGGAAAAUGUACUUUUGACUGACUAUAAAUAAAGAUUUCUACAAAUUCUGA